AUGGAAGGUCAAGCACAGCAGUUCGAUGAGCUUCCUCCCAAGGAGCAGGUCAUCGACCGCCCUCCUAAGCGCAUCUCCGAACUCGAGUUUGGUGACAUGGUAAAGCAGUCCGUCGUCGAAGUCUCCGAUCGCAACGUUUAUGACCUUGGUACUGGCCCCGGCGGCAAACGAACCCUCACCGCACACGGUCCUCUCGAUGGCCGCCUCGGAACUUCUUCCAAGACUGGACAGUGUGAGCAGUGCAAGGAGGAUCUCAAGAACUGCAAUGGUCACUUUGGUCACGUCCGCCUCGCCCUUCCUGCCUACCACUGGGGCUACUUCAAGAAGAUUAUGGAAAUUCUCAACACCAUCUGUAAAGACUGCUCCCGAAUCCUGCUCGAUGAAAACACACGCCGAAAAUACUUGCGCCAAAUCCGUAGACCAGAGCUGGACUCCCUGCGCAAGGAGGCCAUCUGCAAAAAGAUCGUCGACGAGGCCAAANAGACAAAGACAUGCUUCUACUGCGGCUCUAUCAACGGCACCGUCAAGAAGGUCGCAGGACACCCUAUCAAGCUCAUUCACGUCAAGUGGCAGACGUACCUUGCUUCCAACGCAAAAUCAAAGGUCAAGCCUGCCUCUAUGGUUGCCUUUGAGAAAUCCUUCGACGAGGCCAAGAAGGGUGUUCCGGAUCUGGAGAAGCACGCCAAACGUGCCGUCGAUGAUAUGAACCCUCUCCGAGCCCUGAAUCUGUUCCAAAGAAUCUCAACAACCGACGUCGAGUUGCUGGGCAUGGAUCCAAGCAGAGGCCGUCCGGAGGCUUUCAUCUGGCAGUACCUGCCCGCUCCUCCAGUCGCUAUCCGCCCGUCAGUCGCUCAAGAAGCUGCAAGCACAGAAGACGAUAUCACAAACAAGCUCGGAGACAUCAUCCAAAUCAACACUCUUCUCUCUGCUGGUCUCAAGUCCGGACAACCGGUCAUGAAGAUUGUUGACAUGUGGGAGUUCUUACAGGUCCAAAUCGCCAUGUACAUUGACGGUAAUCUGCCCGGUCUUGGUCGUGAUUCUGCCUACGGUAAAGCCCUUCGUGGUUUCUGUCAGCGUCUGAAGGGUAAGCAAGGUCGUUUCAGAGGUAACCUUUCAGGCAAGCGUGUCGACUUUUCUGGCCGUACCGUCAUUUCUCCCGACCCCAACCUUAGUAUCGAAGAGGUCGCUGUUCCCUCCAAAGUCGCUACGAACAUGACCUAUCCCGAACGUGUCACCAGAUACAACAUCGAGAAACUCCGUGCAUGCGUCCUCCGAGGAAAGAAGAAGCACCCCGGUGCCAAUUUCGUCAUAAAGAAAGAUGGUCAGAGGAAGGUUCUGGAAGUCGUGGAGCGCAUUGGAAAGCUGGAUCUUAUCGCAAAAGAGCUGGCUAUUGGCGAUGUUGUUGAGCGACACUUGGAAGAUGGUGAUAUCGUGCUGUUCAACCGUCAGCCUUCACUCCACAAGCUCAGUAUUCUCAGUCACAAGGUUAAGGUCAGACCCUGGAGGACGUUCCGACUCAACGAGUGUGUCUGCAAUCCUUACAACGCCGAUUUCGAUGGAGACGAGAUGAACUUGCAUGUUCCGCAAACUGAAGAGGCCCGUACCGAAGCCAUCAACCUGAUGGGUGUCAAGAACAACCUGGCUACACCAAAGAACGGUACUCCCAUCAUUGCUGCCAUUCAAGAUUUCAUCACAGGAGCCUAUCUUUCUUCCAUCAAGGACAACUUCUUCGAUCGCAAGACCUUCAGUCAAAUCAUUGGUUUCAUGUUCCACGACGAUGUUAUUGAGGACCCCGAGACUGGAGAGAAAUUGUCCAUCGAGCUUCCUCCACCCACUGUGUGGAAGCCGCAACGUCUGUGGACUGGCAAACAGAUCUGGAACGUACUGAUGCGACCAAACAAGAAGCUGAACGUCCUGGUCAACUUGGAAGCAAAGUGCAAGCAAUACAAGGCUCCUCCCAAGGGUGUUGCACCCGACAUGAAUGAGGACGAUGCUUACCUGGUCAUCCGCAAUUCCGAAGUCAUGUGUGGUUACAUGGACAAGGCGACAGUUGGUGAUGGAAAGAAAGACUCAGUCUUCUAUGUCAUCAUGCGUGACUUUGGUCCCGACUAUGCUGUUCAUGCUAUGAACCGUCUCGCUAGAUUGUCCGCGCGUUGGCUCACUAACCAAGGGUUCUCGCUCGGUAUCAGCGAUGUAUACCCUAGUGAUGCACUGACGGCGAAGAAGAUGGACCUGAUCAGAACCGCAGAGGCCAAGUGUUAUGAGCUUAUUGACCUCUACAACAAGGGAGAGCUGGAGCGCGAUCCUGGUUGUGACGAAGAGAUGACCAUGGAGAACCAGAUUUCUGGUAUUCUUUCGAAAGUUCGUCAAGAAGCUGGUGACGCUUGUUUCGCUGAGCUCAGUCGCCGCAACUCACCCCUUGUCAUGGCCAAGUGUGGUUCCAAGGGUUCGAACAUCAACGUCUCCCAAAUGGUUGCUGCUGUAGGUCAACAAAUUAUUGGUGGUAAGCGUGUUCUGGAAGGUUUCCAGGAUCGUACUCUGCCUCACUUCGCCAAGGGCAGCAGAGAUGCUCCUGCCAAAGGUUUCGUCGGAAACAGUUUCUUCUCAGGCUUGAACCCUACAGAGUUCAUUUUCCACGCCAUGUCUGGUCGUGAAGGUCUGGUCGAUACUGCUGUCAAGACCGCCGAAACUGGUUACAUGUCUCGUCGUUUGAUGAAGUCACUCGAAGAUUUGUCGGCUCAAUACGACAACACUGUCCGUAAUUCAUCUUCUGGUAUUGUCCAAUUCCAGUACGGAGACGAUAAGUUGGAUCCUGUGGAUAUGGAGGGCAGCGCAAAGCCUGUGCACUUCGACCGCAGUUUCACCCAUGCUGUCACCACUACAUGGGACCUCAACGACCGUGGUUUGAGACCAUCUGAGAUCAUGCAAAUCACGACCGACACUCUUGACCCUGAGAGAGCGAAGCUUGAGCGUAUUUCUUUGACAGGCGAGAAGCUCGGCUACAACGACAGAAGCGACCACGGUGUUGAUCAGUUGGAGAGUGCUCGUGACUUCCUCGACACUGUUCAAAACUAUAUCCAGAUCAAGUGCGAUAAGCUGGCCGCCAUCCGCACCAAGAUUGGUAUGGAAUCUGGUGUCAAAGAUCUCGGUGACAUUGAUGCUGCGGUGGCGGACGAUUGCGAGCAAAGAACAAUCGCUGAUGGUGUGCACAAAAUUUCAACUGCUGCCAUCAGGGAAUUCCUCACGCUGUGCUUGACCAAGUAUGAGCGUUCCAAGGUCCAACCAGGUCACGCCGUCGGAGCCACUGGUGCCCAAUCCAUUGGUGAGCCUGGUACACAGAUGACGCUCAAGACUUUCCAUUUUGCUGGUGUCGCCGGUAUGAGUAUUACUCAAGGCGUACCUCGCAUCAAGGAAAUUAUCAAUGCAAGUCGUGUAAUAUCAACUCCGGUCAUUUCGUGUACACUCGACUCGAAAUACGAGACUGUCGCUGGUCGUGUCGCAAAAGCGAUGAUCGAAAAGACAUAUCUCCGCGACAUUAUCGCUUACAUCGAAGAUGUCUGGUCAGUCACCAGUUCAUAUGUCAACAUGCGUAUCAACUGGGAUACAGUCAUGAAGCUGGGUCUGCGCCUUACCACCCAAGACAUUACUUUCGCCAUCGCAAAAAGCAAGGCCGUAAAAGCACUUGGUGUACAGGUUGCGCCAGUUGGCAAAACACACAUCCGCGUUAACGUCCAAUACGUCCCUGAACCUCGUGGCAAAGCAGCACUUAACAAGACCCGCAAACCCCUCGAGAUUUUCGACAUCAUUCAAGACUUGAAGCGCAUCCUUCCCAACGUGGUGGUGAAGGGUUACCCAGACUGCGCCCGUGCCAUUGUCAAGAAGGAUGACAAGCCCGAUGCCACUGGCCGCGAGCCUGUGUCAGUGCUGGUAGAAGGCUAUGGCUUGAAGGCCUGCAUGACGACCGAAGGCGUGGACGGUCUAAAAACACGAUCCAACAAUGUCAUGGAGGCCAAAGACGUGCUCGGUAUCGAAGCCGCUCGCAGCACCAUCAUUGCGGAAAUCAGCUCGGUCAUGGGAGGUAUGGACAUUGAUCCUCGUCACAUGCAACUGCUUGCAGACGUCAUGACCUACAAGGGUGAUGUCCUUGGUAUCACGCGUUUCGGUCUUGCGAAGAUGAGAGAUUCGGUCUUGCAGCUUGCAUCCUUCGAGAAGACUCCCGAUCAUCUGUUCAACGCUGCAGUGGGCAUGAAGAGAGAUCGCAUCGAAGGUGUCUCGGAAUGCAUUAUUAUGGGACAAAGCAUGUCCAUCGGCACUGGCGCAAUGAAGGUGGUCCGCAAACUUGGCAUUACCGAAGCCGAGCAUGGAAGGAAGAAAUCGGCUUUCGAAUCUGCAUUUGCUUGCCUCCCCAAGACAAUUGCUGCUGCUGCGUAA